UGCCAAUUGCGCCGGACACAGCUUGACGAAAAGCAACCUUGCGACGACUCGAUCCGACCAACAAACAUGGCAGCCAUCUACAGAUACACCCAACGCCUGGCCCACGAAAGCCCAGUCAUCUUCUGGUCUCUACUCCUGGGAUUCGCUGGCCCCGUUGCAGUCCUCACUGUUCCACCCAUUCGGCGAUCUUUUGGCUACCAAUCCCCCGCUCCCAUCCCUACCUCCUUCCCUACCCCUAGCAGACCUAGACACAUCGUCAAGGGAUACGAAGACCCACAGUAGGCAUGCCUGUGGCUAGGGUCCUCCCAUUCUUCUCCUGCAGGCAUGAGUGAAAUGAGGUAGAGCAAUCAAAUUCACCUCUGCCUUGGAACUCUAAUUGAUACCAUUGUGGCGUUCCGUACACAGU